AUGAAUAACGCAUUAUUUCGUGUACCUGCUAAACAAUAUGUGAUGUUAAAAAACUUGAAAAGCGUCACUAGUCGUUGCAUGGCGUCGAAAGUGGAUGAUGUUGUGACCCACACAGGCCAAAAAUGGGAUUCUGAUGACUACAGAAUGGUCCGCUUCAUGAAUUCUCCUAAGCAGGUCAAUAAAAACUGGGCCGUAAAGUUGAUAGCUCAGGUGCCACCGAAACAAGUUACAGCAAGAGUUGUCUGGUGUGAUGGAGGCAGUGGAGCUGAAGGACAUCCACGUGUUUAUAUUAAUUUGGAUAAACCUGGAAAUCACUCCUGUGGGUACUGCGGUCUGCGUUUUGUUAAAGUUGAUCACUAA